AUGGUCAUGGUUCUCUCUCUCCCAGCAGGACUUGCACCUGACAGCCUGGAGUCAUUGGACAUCGUGCACCCAGUGCGAGUGGAUGCAACUGGUACCUUCCUGUCCUUUGAUCUCUGGCCACGCACGGUGAAGAAGCGGGCAGCGCUAGAUACAGAUGCAGAUUCAGGGCCUGUGUCCCAUGCCACACCCACCUUCUUCCAGCUUCACUAUCGCGGACAGGAGCUGCGCUUCAACCUCUCAGCCAAUGCGCAGCUGCUGGCACCAGGCUUUGUGCUCGAGGUGCGGCGCACGGGUAACCUGGGCCACACGCACAUCCGGCCCCACACACCUGCCUGCCACCUGCACGGCCAUGUGCAGGACCCACAGCUCGAGGGUGGCCGGGCAGCCAUCAGCGCCUGCGAUGGGUUGAAAGGAGUUUUCUGGCUGUCUGGUGAGGACUACUUCAUUGAGCCCCUGGAUGGGGCUCCAAACCAGCCCGGCCAUUCACGGCCCCACGUGGUGUAUAAACACCAGGCCACUGAGAGGUGGGCAGACCAAGGGGACAUCCAGGCUUCACACACCUGUGGGGUACAAGUGUCCCCAGAGCUGGAGCGUCAAGAAGAGGACUGGGAGCACUCACAUCCAUGGAAGCCACAGCGGCAGAAGCGUUUAUACAAUGGCUCGGUCAGCAAGGAGAAGUGGGUAGAAACCCUGGUGGUGGCUGAUACUGAAAUGGUGAAAUACCACGGGCGGCUGCAGGUGGAGAACUAUGUGCUGACCAUCAUGAAUAUGGUGGCUGGCCUGUUUCAUGACCCCAGCGUUGGGAACCCCAUCCACAUCACCAUUGUGCGCCUGAUCCUGCUGGAAGAUGAAGAGAAGGACUUAACGAUAACACACCACGCAGAAAACACCCUGAGAAGCUUCUGCAAGUGGCAAAGUAACAUCAACAUGAAUGGGGACACCCACCCCCAGCACCAUGACACAGCUGUCUUGCUCACCAGGAAGGACUUGUGUUUAGCCAUGAACCUGCCCUGCGAGACCCUGGGCCUGUCCCACAUCGGGGGAAUGUGCCAUCUGAACCGCAGCUGCAGCGUCAGCGAGGACACUGGCCUGCCACUGGCCUUCACCGUGGCCCAUGAGCUCGGGCACAGUUUUGGCAUGCACCAUGACGGAAACGGCAAUGACUGUGAGACUGUUGGGAAACCACAUUUCAUCAUGUCUCCACAGCUCCUGUUCGACUCCGCUCAGCUCACCUGGUCCCGCUGCAGCAGCGAGUAUAUCACCAGGUUCCUCGACCAUGGGGGAGGCACGUGCCUGGAUGACCAACCAACAGCCACUGAUACCAUCGACUUCCCCUCCGUGCUGCCCGGGGUCCUGUAUGACAUGGACCACCAGUGCCGCCUCCAGUAUGGGCCCAACUCCGCCUUCUGUAAGGACGUGGAUAAUGUCUGCCACACACUGUGGUGCUCCGUGGGAUUGACGUGUCAUUCCAAGCUGGACCCCGCUGUGGAUGGUACCCAGUGUGAGCAUGGCAAGUGGUGUUUCAAUGGAGACUGUGUCCCUGUGGGUUUCCGACCUGAGCCAGUGGAUGGUGGCUGGUCCGACUGGAGCGCCUGGUCCGUCUGCUCACGGAGCUGUGGCAUUGGUGUGCAGAGUACUGAGCGGCGGUGCACACAGCCUGAGCCCAAGUACAAGGGCAAGUUCUGUGUGGGUGAGCGCAUGCGCGUGCGCCUCUGCAACCUGCAGGCCUGCCCCCAAGGCCAGCCUUCCUUCCGCCACGUCCAGUGCAGCCACUUCGACUCCAAGCCCUACAAGGGUCAGCUGCACACAUGGAUACCCGUGUUCGACUAUGGGAACCCCUGCGAGCUGAACUGCCAGCCCUCCACCGAGCACUUUUCUGUGAGGCAGCGUGAUGCUGUGGUCGACGGCACCCCCUGCUACAAGGAUCCGACCAUCCGUGACCUGUGCAUCAACGGAAUCUGCAAGAGUGUGGGCUGUGACUUCGAGAUUGAUUCUGGUGCCGUGGAGGACCGCUGCGGAGUGUGCCUUGGCAACGGCUCCACCUGCCACACAGUGAGCGACACCUUCAAUAUGACCAGGGGCCAGGGGUACGUGGACGUGGGGCUGAUCCCCAUGGGAGCGCGAAACAUCCACAUUGAGGAGGUGGCCGAGGCCGCCAACUUUCUAGCCCUGCGCAGCAGUGAGGACCCGGACAAGUACUUCCUCAAUGGUGACUGGAUCAUCCAGUGGAACGGGGUCUACCAGGUGGCAGGCACCACCUUCACCUACACCCGCAUAGGCAACCGAGAGAACCUCACCUCCCCAGGCCCCACCAGUGAGCCUGUCUGGAUCCAGCUGCUGUUCCAGGAGUACAACCCUGGGGUGCGCUAUGAGUACACAGUCCAAAGAGAAACUAAAAACCUCAGUGAACCUGAAAACCUCAUUGUGGUGCCACCACUGGAAUUCUUCUGGCAUCACGGGCCUUGGAGCGAGUGCACUGUCACCUGCGGCACAGGUAUGCAGAGGCAGAUCGUGUACUGUUCAGAGAAGCAGGCAGGGCUUGUGGAUGAGAGACACUGUGACCCCCUGACCCGUCCCGAUGACAACCACAGGACCUGCAGUGAGGAGCCCUGCCCUGCCCGGUGGUGGGCUGGGGAGUGGCAGCACUGCUCCCGCUCUUGUGGGUCCGAAGGUGUCUCCCGCCGGGCUGUGCUCUGCCUGCAGAGUGUGGGGAUGGAGGAGCAGAGUGUCCUGGACCUAUCCGCCUGCAUGCACCUUCCUCGACCCCCUGCUGAAACCCCCUGUUACCCCAAUGUGCCCUGCCCAGCCACCUGGGCUGUGGGCAAUUGGUCUCAGUGCUCGGUGACAUGUGGGAAUGGCACUCAGCAGCGAAUUACCGUCUGUACCAAUGACACGGACCUCCCCUGCGAUGAGGCCAACCGGCCAGCAACUGAGGCUCCCUGCUCCCUGCAGCCCUGCCUGAACAUGCUGGUGGUCCUCGAGGCCUCCGGCAGUGGUGCCGCCAGCCCCGAGCUCUUCAAUGAGGUUGACUUCUUCUCAAACUCCCUGACUGAACACCCCCUGCCUGACUCCACACCUGAGUCAGACAGUAUCAGCAAUCGCAUCGAGGACCUGAACCCACCCGGGCCGGUUUGGGUGGAUGACUUCUACUACGACUAUAACUUCAUCAAUUUCCAUGAGGACCUGUCUUAUGGGACCCCUGAGGAGCCCAGCCCAGACCUGGAGGGCACCAGGGAACAGAUGCCUCCGCCCCAGAGCAGCCCUGCUGAACACCCCAUGGAGUCACCCAGAGCCGAGGAGGGGGCAGAGCAGGGAACUGGCCACCCCUCACCCCCAUCCUUGCGGCAGCUCCCUGGGAGCCUACUGGUCCCUUCCCUGUCUGAGGAAGAUGCCCCCAUGGGUGCCCCUGGCUUUGGGCUCCCUGUUUCAGUCAGAAGCACAGAGAUACCCACUGCCCCUGUGAGUCCCAAUGAGCUCCUAGUUAGGGGGGACAACCAAAGCCAGCCAUCCCCUCCACAGUGGGAUGGGGCCAAUGACAUCUUCAAGGACAGGGAAGAGACCACAGGCCGCAGAGCACCCCACCUGCCCCAAAGCCCUCGCCCCAUGCAACCCCCUUGGCCUCCUAUCCACCCCACCCCCAUCUUUCCUGACCCUGUUGUGCUGCUGCAGACAACAAGGACUGUGACCUGGGACCCCACGCCAGAGAGGGGCACACAUGGCGAGAUAUGGCCCACAGCAGGGGCGGAUGCUUCCUCUCUUCCCACCACCCCUGUGCCCCUGACCAGGGACCAGUACAGCCCCCUGACAGUGACAGGAACCAUCCCUCCGAUGCCUGAGGAGGGCAGCUCCACAGACCGGUCCACCAGGAACGCCAGCUGGCAAGUGGGGAACUGGAGCCAGUGCUCCACCACCUGUGGCCUGGGUGCUGUCUGGAGGGCGGUGUACUGCAGCUCUGGCCGGGAUGAGGACUGCACUGCCGCUGGACGGCCCCAGCCUGCCCGCCACUGCCACCUGCGGCCCUGUGCUGCCUGGUACACAGGCAACUGGAGUAAGUGUUCCCGCAGUUGUGGUGGAGGCUCUGCAGUACGGGAUGUGCACUGUAUGAAUACACAGGACCUCCGGCCACUGCGGCCCUUCCACUGCCAGCCUGGGCCCACCAAGCCACCCAGUCACCAGUCCUGCGGGACCCGUCCCUGCCUAAGCUGGUACAUCUCCUCCUGGAGAGAGUGCUCUGAGGCCUGCGGUGGUGGCGAGCAGCAGCGUCUGGUGACUUGCCCAGAACCGGGCCUCUGUGAGGAGGCACUGAGACCCAACGCCACUCAGCCCUGCAACACCCACCCCUGCACAAAGUGGGUGGUGGGGCCCUGGGGUCAGUGUUCAACACCCUGCAGUGGGGGCAUCCAGCGGCGCCUGGUCAAGUGCAUCAACACGCAGACAGGGCUGCGUGAGGAAGACAGCAACCGGUGCAGCCAUGAAGCCCAGCCCGAGGGCUCCCGGCCAUGCAGCGAAAAGGACUGUGAGCUCACAGGGUCCCCACGAACCUGAGCCAAACUCUGCCAGCUCUCCAGUCCUUGGACCCAGCCACAGGCAAGUGUGACAGAGAUAGCCACGGCCAGUGACCUGCAUGUGUAAGGCCAUGACAGCACUUCCAGAAAUGGGAGGGCAGGGGUCCUGUGCCCUGAAGUUGCUCGCUAAUGUCUCAUAAGAGGGGGAUUGGAGGGUAGCACAAUGUCCCAGGGAACCCCUCAUCCGGGCACCUGGCCCAUUGCCUGAAUUAUGCCUGCCCUUUGCCCAGGCUGUGAUCAAGACCACCUGUCCUUCAACCUCUGUAACUUCCUGUUCAUCAUGGGCCACUGUAAGCUGCCCACUGUUCGUGUCACCUGUCUGGCCAUGAAGGCCUGUCCCAUGGCCACCAGCGGGUAGCCCACCACUGACCAGGAUGGGAAGAACACACAGACCUCAGUGCCACCCCUCAUGCCCCAUGGUGCUAACCCCACCCGCCCCAGGGCAGGCAGGGACCCCUUCCCUCAGGAAAGGUUUUAUUAUUAUUAUUAU